AUGUAGAAAAUAGAGUAAGAGAAAUUUCAACAUUAAAUAAAAAUUCUAUUCCUUGGUGAAAUUGGAACUGGAAAGACUACGCUCCUGUUAAAAUAUGUAACAUAAGAAUAUUGUCCUUAAUAAUCAACUGUUGGAGUGGAUUACAAAUAGAAAUUUGUUGAAUAUUAGGGAAAAAUGAUUAAACUAUAACUUUGGGAUUCUGCAGGUUUAGAGAAAUUUCAAUCAAUAAGUCAAAAUUAUUUUAGAAAAGCGAACUCUAUUUUUUUCAUCUAUGAAAUUACAAACAAAAAACCCUUUGAGGAAGUGUUUAGGUUAUUGAAUGAUGUCGAAUAAUUAGCAUCACCUGAUGUAAUAAAAGUACUGAUUGGAAGUAAAAUAGAUUUAAACUAUAAGAGGGAGGUAAGUUAUGAUAAAGGAAAAUAAUUCGCUUUACAAAAUGACCUUGAAUUCUUUGAAUUGUCUUCUUUCUGGAACAGGAAUCUAGAAGAUCCAAUAAAUUAUGUUCUAGAACAAUUUCUUAAGUAAAAGGAAUCGAAAUAAAAAUAAAAUAUUUAAAAGAAAUAAAAUAAUGUUGCCUUAUCAAAUUAAAUAGUACCGAUGUCAAAUAUAAAGACUUAGUAUUUUGAUCAUAAAUUAAACAUUUAUUUGGCUGGAAAUACUGCAACUGGUAAGAGUUCACUCAUUUAAAAAUACUGUUUCUAAAAAAUAAUUUCAACAAGGCCAAACUUAGGGUGUGAUGUUAACUAUAAAAUUGUUGAAUAUUAGGGAAAAAAGAUAAAAAUAGUCCUUUGGGAGAUCUAUAUGCCUAAGGUUUAAAAUUUCUAUAUCAAGGCUAACAGUGUUUUUUUAAUAUAUGAUAUCUCAUAAAACUUUACUUUUUAGGAAAUAUUUAAUUUGAUAAAUUUAGUCGAACGAUCAGCACCAAGAGAUGCAAUAAAUGUACUUAUUGGAAACAAAAUUGAUUUAAACUGUAGAAGACAAGUAAGUUCAGGAGAAGGAUAAUAAAUGGCUCAAGAUCGAAAAUUUUAAUUCUAUGAAACGUCAGCUUUCUAUGACAAUCCUCUAGAAGAUCCAAUAAAUUAUGUUUUGGAGCAAUUUCUUAAGUAAAAGGAAUCAGAACAACAAUAAAAUAUUGAAAUGAAUCAAUUAAAUCUUUCCUUUUCAAAUUAAAUAGUAAAUCUUUCCUAAUCAAAUUCAAUGAUACAAGUCGAAAAUAAAAAAGGAUGUUGCUGA